ACUCCUUCUUUUGCCAUGCUUCUUCGCCUCACAGGCGGUCUCUGGCCCAUACUUCCCGCAGUCUUGCACCUGAUCGGACUUGUCCAAAGUGUCUCUGCUGCAGGAACUUGUCGCUCGCAGCCUGGUGAUGCGGACUUUCCGACUGUAGAAGAAUGGUCUGCACUGAAUGUUUCGGUCAAUGGGCGACUGAUCUCUGUGACGCCAUCUGCUAAAUUUUGCGAAGAUCUUCCGUGUACCGACGCGGAAUGGUCGAGCUCUGUGUUUAGGGCAACGAUUCCGGGAGCGAUGGAUUGUUAUAACUGGGAGCAGGAUUAUAGCGGUAAUUCCACUUGUCUCGAGGGCGCGUCCGUGUGUGGCCAAGGGGAUGUCCCGCUCUAUGCGAUCAACGCAACCUUUGCCUCGGAUGUGCAAGCUGGAGUCAAUUUUGCGUCCACCAACAACCUGCGCUUGUCCAUCAAAUCCUCUGGACAUGACCUCCUGGGACGCUCUACGGCCAAAAACUCACUACUCAUCUGGACGCGCUAUCUUGCGAACGCCACAUUCUCCGAAUCAUUCGAACUGAACGGGACUUCGGUGGGAAGCGCCGUGACUGUCGGUCCAGGAGUAGCCCUGAAUGCCGCCUAUCUUGCAGCGAAGGCGCAGGGGAAGAUAAUUGUGGGUGGGACUGCAGCUAGUGUAGCGCCGUCAGGGGGAUUCGUCCAAGGAGCAGGUCAUUCUGCAUUUUCGCCCCUGUUCGGGUUGGCCGCAGAUGUGGCGCUUCAAUUCAAGGUCGUCAUCGCAAACGGUAGCCUCUUGACCGUGGAUGCCACGAAUUACCCUGAUUUGUUUUGGGCAAUGCGUGGUGGCGGUGGUGGCAGUUGGGGUGUCAUCAUCGAGACGACUUUUCAGACAUUCGACACAUUCAACGUUUCCAAGCACACCGUCGGUAUAAUUGCGCCAACCAAUGACUCGACCGGAGCCCUCAUGACGAUUCAUGCCAAUCACAUCUUCGACUGGGACAGCGUUAACGCCGGGCAGUAUGCCUACGUCUAUCCACCGUCUAUUCCUACCAAUGGCCUAGUCGCAAAUCCUGCAUAUGGGACCUCCAGCAACGGAUUGGGUCUCCUGACGUACUUCGCGAAUCAGACGGAGGAUCAAGCCCUUGCUUUAAUGAAACCACUGUUGGACGAUGUUAGGGCGCAAGGAUUCGAAGUGGUGAACGAAACGGUGGUAGUCGAGUUGGCCAACGAUGCGGUGUAUGCGGCGGAUAACGCUGCUGGUGUCUCAACCAUAAUGGGAUCCCGAUUUUUCUCUUCGGAUGCGUACAAGACCAACGCGGCCGGUAUAGGAGCAGCCUACCAGCAGCUGAUCGAACAGGGUGCCACACAAAUCGGUGGUAACCUCGUCGCCGGUGGCAAGGUCUCCGACCCAAGCGUCUCAAACGCAGUUACACCGAAGUGGCGAGCCGCUAAAUCUCACAUCCUCACAACUCUCGGUUGGGCUGAUUCAGCGACGCCGGCUGAAAUCGAAGCCGUGAAGAACCAGCUCACUAACACGCUUGUUCCCAUAUUGGACAAGGCUACCACCGAGGACGACGCAGGCUCCUAUAUGAGCGAAGGUGAUGUCCGUGAACCGAACUUCCAAACCACAUUCUAUGGGGGCAAUUACGCGAAGUUAAAAACCAUCAAAGCGAUCUACGAUCCAAAUGAGCUGUUUAUCGUUGGUGCUGGGGUGGCAAGUGAGAACUGGGACGAGGACGGGCUGUGUCGUCUUUGACGAAUUCCGUCUCAAAGCUACCUUCCGCACAACCUAUUCGUAUUAUUUAUACAUCGGACC